CUCCGGUGCCUGGGUCGGAGCUCCGGUCUCCAGUUCAAGCUGCAGCCCGGGGUCCGAGCUGCGAUCCACGGUCCAGGCUGUGGUCGCGGAUCCGAGCUGCGAUCCCGGGUCAGAGCCCUGGUCACCAGUCCCAGCUGCGCUCCCUGGUCCGAGCUCUGGUCUCCGGGUCCGAGCUACGGUCCCCGGGUCCGAGCUGCGGUCCUCGGUCCCAGCUCCGGUCCCCGUUCCGAGCUGCAGCCCCGGGGAUGCACCUGAACGCCACGGUCCCGGCUGUGCUGGGCAGUCCCCUCCACUUGCAGACCAGCAGCUAUGCCAACGCCUCCAACCGCUCCGACCUGCUCCCCAAAGGGCCCGAUGAGGAGGACCUGGACGUCAACACGGACAUCUACUCCAAAGUGAUGGUGACUGUCAUCUACCUGGCUCUUUUCUUGAUAGGCACGGUGGGUAACUCCAUCACAGCGUACACGCUGGUGCGCAAGAAGUCGCUGCAGAACCUGCAGAGCACCGUGCACUACCACCUGGCCAGCCUCGCCUUCUCCGACCUCCUCAUUUUCCUCCUCUGCAUGCCCAUCGAGCUCUACAACUUCAUCUGGGUUCAUCACCCCUGGGCUUUCGGGGGGGCUGUCUGCAAGGGCUACUACUUCCUGCGGGAUGCCUGCACCUACGCCACGGCGCUCAACAUCACCAGCCUGAGCGUGGAGCGCUACAUGGCCAUCUGCCACCCCUUCAAAGCCAAGAGCAUCAUGUCCCGCAGCCGCACCAAGAAGUUCAUCAGCUGCAUCUGGAUUGCCUCCUUCCUCCUUGCCAUCCCCAUGAUCUUCACCAUGGGGGAGAUCUAUGGCAAGGACCGGGACCCCGACUCUCUCAUCUGCACUGCCAUUGUGGAUGCCUCCUCCUUGAAGACAGUCAUCCAGGUCAACACUUUCAUCUCCUUUGUGUUCCCCAUGGUGGUCAUCUCCGUGCUCAACACCAUCAUCGCCAACCAGCUGAUGGUGAUGUUCAAGCAGGCUGCCCAGGAAAACCAGGUCUGCACCAUCGGCGGGCAGCAGACGAUGCUCAGCAUGUCCAUGGAGCCCAGCCGUGUGCAAGCCCUGAAGCACGGCGUCAGGGUCUUACGUGCUGUGGUGAUUGCCUUCGUGGUCUGUUGGCUCCCUUAUCACAUACGGCGUCUCAUGUUCUGCUACGUCCCCUCCAGUCACUGGACAGAUUUCCUUUACAACUUCUAUCACUACUUCUACAUGCUGACAAACGUCCUCUUCUACGUCAGUUCAGCCAUCAACCCCAUCCUCUACAACCUGGUGUCGGCAAACUUCCGCCAGAUCUUCCUCUCUACCCUCACACUCCUGUGCCUGCCGUGGAGGAAGAAGAAGAAACGCUUGGCCUUCACCAGGAAAUCCAACAGCAUCUCCAGCAACCACACGUUCUCCAGCCAGGUCACGAGGGAAACGACAUACUGAAGCCAAAGGAGGAAGGGAAAUGCGUUUAAUCGUGGCGUCAAAACUUGAGAGAGGCCUCUGUGAACUUCCAUGCAUGGUCUCCAAAUUCACAUGGAACAAAUGUGUUCAGCAAAGUCUUUUUUUUUUUUU